CUGCGCACGCAUUGAAGUUGUGUCUCUUUGGCUCCUCAGCCUUAAUGUAGCUAAGACACGGUUUUCUGUACGCCUGCGAGUAUGACCGACUUGUCCAAGGAAGCGUGGUAUCACGGUCGUGUCUCACGUGUCGACGCAGAGAAGAUUUUAGACACUACUGCCAGUGGCGAGGGCACCUUUCUGGUGAGAGACAGUCUCACGACGACUGGCGAAUACGUCCUCUCUCUGUGCCAUCAGUCCAAGAAGUUCCACUACAUGAUAUCUAGGCAGCAAGACGGCAGUGUUGCCAUACAGGACGGGGCAAAGUUUCCCGGCCCCAUAGAACUGGUUCAGUACCACACUCGUAAGGUGGAUGGGCUGCUGACCACUCUGCAAGUGCCCUGCGCUCGACGUGCUGGCCAGCCUCCUCAAGGCUACCGCUUCAUCUCCCAUGAGGACAUGCAGGCAGCCAUGCGUGAGGCAGCUCUAUUGCUGGGCUACCAGGAGCACCAAGUCAAUGAUGCUCUGCUCAAGAGGCGGAGUGCCUUUGAGCAGUUGGUUGGAGGGAUACUCCAUCGCAAACAGCUCUGGUUCCACGGGCCCAUCACUCGUGAUGAAAGUGAGUACAGGAUCAGGAACUAUGGUGUCCGGGAUGGCUUGUUCCUAGUUAGAGAGCGCACGCAAGUCAACAGCUUUGCGCUGUGUGUGGUGUUUCGCUCAGAGGUCUACCACUAUUUGCUGGACAUGAAUAAUCUGGGCCAACUGUCCAUUGAAAAUGGACGUAAAUUUGAGAAUUUACUGCAAGUUGUCGACCACUAUUCCCGCACUCCCGAUGGCUUGCUGUGUGCACUGAAUGAUGUUUGUCCUGUCACUGUUUUUGAGGAGGGGGGUCACCUCCGGGAACAGGCUAGGGUCAAACAUGGUCCUCGCAGGAUUGAAAGCAGUGAGAUUGAGGUCUUUGACAGUCUAGGGGCAGGAACCUUUGGGGCUGUGCGUGCUGCUGUCUACAAGCCAAAGAACGGAGAGCCGCAAGUGGAGUGUGCAGUGAAAUGCCUAAAGACAGACAAUCAGGGGACAAACGAGAGGAGUGAGAUCCUUCGUGAGGCAGAUGCUAUGGCAAUGCUGGACCAUCCGUACAUAGUUAGACUCUAUGGAAUUGUUGUGACCACACCCAUCAUGUUGGUGAUGGAGAUUGCUAGCCUCGGACCUCUAAACAAAUUUCUACGAAAACACCCGAACUUCCCUCACGUGAAGAUCAUUGACAUGGUUCUUCAAAUAGCGCAGGGAAUGGAAUAUUUGGAGAAGGUGCGGUUUGUCCACAGAGACCUAGCAGCUCGCAAUGUUCUGGUUGUGGACGAAGACAAUGUGAAGAUCAGUGAUUUUGGCAUGAGCAGAGCAAUAGCCGGGAAUUCCGAGUACUAUCGUGCGGAGUCUGCUGGCAGGUGGCCUCUCAAGUGGUAUGCUCCUGAGUGCAUCUACUACGCCAAGUUUGAUAGCAAGUCAGACGUGUGGAGUUUUGGAGUCACAGCCUGGGAGGCCUUCUCUUACGGUUCCAAGCCUUACCAGGGUCUGAAGGGGCAGGAGAUCAUGCAAAUGUUGGAGCACAAUCACAGGCUGGAUUGCCCCGACAAGUGUCCGCGACCACUGUUUGACAUAAUGUAUAGAUGCUGGUCAUGGAGACCUGAAGACAGACCAACCUUUGCUGAGUUGUUUGUCAGUAUAAAAGAGGUGUUGUCAGUGCUGGGCCAGGAGACUGUGCCUGCUCGUCCUCCACGUCCGACUCCAGUCCCAAGACCAGUGCAGGUUCCUUAUCGGAGCUAACCUGCACAGACAAUAUCGUUUUGUAGAAUCAGCUGUGUCCUGCACUUACAUUUCACCACACUAUUUUCUACUUCUGUCUGUUUUUAUCAUGGGUGUGUCUCAUUUGCUGGGGAUGCUGAACGCUCUGCGCAUGCGUGCCAGUAGCAGCAAUAAUGCUUUGGAGGUCGCCUUUCGUUAUACGGCGCUUGCUCCAACGAGAGAGUGGAGUGGUGAAGAGGAAUAUAGCUGUCCACAUUCCUUGGUUGCUAGUGACAGGGAGCGUGCUACUCUAUGCGUGGCGAUUGCGCAGGAAGCAGGUCAGUUGUCACGCCAGCGUGCAGACAAAGGCUGAAGCUAGGAGUGAUGGAAGGAAGGAAAAUGAGGGAAAGCGAAGGUUUUUGCAGAAAGUGGUUGUGAUAACCGGUGCAGCAGGGGACAUUGGCAAUGCAACAGCCUCUGCCUUUGCACGGGAAGGGGCAAGUAUAGUUCUGGUUGACUUGCCGCAGACCUUGCCUCAGCUGAAGGAUCAGCGCAAGGAGCUUCAAGCGAGCGGUGCUUACAAAACAGUAGUGUUGUGUGCAGACAUGACGCGUGAAGAUGAGGUGCAGAGUAUGGUGGCAAAGACAGUUGAGAGGCUAGGACCAAUCAACUGUUUCUUCAACAAUGCUGGGAUACAGGGAGAACUAGCUCCCAUUCACCACCAGAACUCUAAACUUGCCCAGAGUGUGAUACAGGUGAAUGUGAUCGGAGCAUUCUUUGGCCUCAAGCAUGUAUCAGGAGCCAUGGCAGAGUCAGGGGGAGGGGUGAUUGUCAACACUGCUAGCCUUGCUGGGCUCCUGGGACCUCGCUACAUGGCAGCUUAUGCUGCGUCGAAACAUGCAGUGAUAGGAAUGACAAAGUCAGCAGCAAAGGACCUUGCUCCCCAUGGCGUGAGGGUGUGUGCUGUGGCGCCUGGCAUACUGGAGGGUCGUAUGUGGCUGACACAAGUGGAGGGGAGGGCUCGCUGUGCUCUGUUAGCAAAGACAGGUAGUAUGCACCAUGGUGGUAGUGGGAGGGGUCACGGUGUAUUGCCCCUCCCUCUCUCUUGCAGGUGAGGACAGGAAACCCACGGAGAGUGAGCUGAGAGCCAUGGAGGAAGUGAUGGUGGCAGGGACACCGCUGGGAAGGCUUGGUCGACUGUCUGAGGUGGCUCAGGCUGUUCUCUUCCUGUGCAGUGAGGAUGCCUCCUACCUCACAGGCACAGUCCUCACAGUCGACGGAGGAAGACUUCCUUAGAGAGUUUGACACAAGACAAU